AAGAUGGUAGAUAGAGAAGAUGAUUAUAACCAAUCACAAGGUAGAGAAAAUGAUUAUAACCAACUACAAGCAUUAUUUUUAUCAUUAGUUGACAAUAUAUCAGAUCAUGUUCUAGAAACAACUCAUAUUGUGCAAAAACAAAAUCCUAAACAAAAAUACAGUUUUGGAAUAGACUAUGUGAAAAAAGUACUUGACUAUGCAGUCCAGGUUGAUAAAGUUGAUGAAUUCAUUAAUUACUUAGAAAAGUUUAUUGAAAUAAUGAAAGAUAAUUUAGAAAGGCAACAAAAGAAUAUUGAUGAUAAUGAAUAUUUAGAUAUUGAUAAUCCAAUAUGU